AUGAAGAUGCCGUAUUUUCCGUUUCUGGGUGUGCUGCUCUUUGCAACAUGUUCUAAGUCUGAAACUACAACUACAAACACUCGUAUUGUCGGAGGUCAAGACACAAUCAUUGAGAAAUAUCCAUCUAUGGUCCAAAUAGAAUAUUUUGGCCCUUGGAAUGGAAUUUGGGAUCAGCAAUGCGCGGCCAAUAUCUUAACUACUUACUGGGUUCUUACAGCUGCACAUUGUUUCAACGAAGAAGUGGAGUUCAUGCGUAUACGAGCAGGUUCCACUUACCGUAUGACUGGUGGAAGCGUGCACUACGUAGACUUUGUACGCAAUCACCCCGACUACGAUGACCAAGACGGAUACUACUACGACGCAGACAUAGGCGUUAUCAAACUGCUCACUCCUGUGGUGUACUCGCCGUACAUACAAAAGGGAACUAUUGUCAGUCAGAGCUUUGUUGUGCCAGACAAUUAUCCUGUUGUGCAUGCUGGUUGGGGAGGUAUUUAUACUGCCGGGCCGCCAUCAUACAUUCUUCAAGAUGUAACCGUUUACACGAUAAACAGGACAGAGUGUGCGAGGCGUUAUCGAGACGGUUUAUCAAAGUCAAUCACUGACAACAUGGUUUGUGCUGGAAUCCUCGACGUGGGUGGUUGUGACGCUUGCUAUGGGGACUCCGGCGGUCCGCUGUACGCUGGUGACGUCAUAGUUGGCAUCGUGUCCUUUGGAGAAAACUGUGGUGAUCCCUUUUACCCUGGUGUCAGCGCUUCAGUCGCGGCUUUCUCUGAUUGGAGUGUUGCUAAUGCUCGGUAAUUAUUUACUCACGCCCUGUUACUUGAAAUUCUUGCUUA